AUGAUUGCCAGAUUUGCUCGUUUGUCUGCUGCUCCAAAACAAUUGGUGAGACCAUCUAUUCAGCUCGUCAGAACUCAGUUCUACUCUACCUUCAAGCCUGAAGAUCAGCCUAGAGUCAGAAUCGGAUCGGUGGCUCCAGACUGGUCCGCAGAGACCACCCAGGGUAAAAUUAACUUCCACGAGUUUGUAGAGAAGAACAAGAAGUGGGUUGUUCUCUUCUCACACCCAGCAGACUUCACUCCAGUGUGUACCACCGAGUUGGGAGCAUUCUCUAAACUUGCUCCAGAGUUUGCUAAGCGUAAUGUGACUCUUUUGGGAUUGUCCACUGAGGGUGUUGACAGCCACAACAAGUGGAUCAAGGACAUCGAGGAUGUGACCGGUGGAAACCCUUUCAGCUUCCCAAUCAUUGCUGACCCAACCAAGGAAAUUGCUUUUAAGUACGAUAUGGUUUCUGAGGAGGACUUCCACAAGUUGGCCAACCAGAUGGUUGCUACUGUGAGAUCUGUGUUCAUCAUUGACCCAUCCAAGAAGGUCAGAUUGAUCAUGACCUACCCAGCCUCCACUGGAAGAAACUCUGCUGAGGUUUUGAGAGUGAUUGACUCGUUGCAGUUGACUGACUCCAAGGGUGUUGUGACUCCAAUUGACUGGACUGUUGGAGAGGAUGUGAUUAUUCCACCUACUGUUUCGGAUGCUGAUGCCAAGGCCAAGUUUGGAGAGUUCACCACUAUCAUGCCAUACUUGAGAACCACCAAGUCUCCUCAGUAA